UCUUUGUCAUUUAUUCUCUGAGCUUCAGCGCUGCAAGAUCGCCCCGAGUUAAUGGAGACAGAGCGAGAGAAAUGAAGACCCAUAGGGCCAUAGCUCCACUGCUUUCCCCUUUCCUCUCCACGUUGAAUUCCUGGCUUUAGAAACUCGUUUGUGUCUUUAAUGGCGAUUCCAGUCAAAAGUAACAAGCAAAUCUCGUAACCUAUAUCAGAGAGAAACGGUACGGUACCAGAAUUUGUGAAUCCACCAUGAGGGUAUCUUCGAGGGCCAGCGAAGAUGCAGCAGUUUCCGGAUUCAGAGACGUUGAAGCUCUCUUCCGAACAAAGCCCAUCUCCGAAAUCCGCAAUGUGGAGAAGGAGGCAAAAAAAGAGAUCGAAGAGAAGAAAGAGGAGCUUCGACAACUCGUCGGCAAUAGAUACCGCGAUCUCAUAGAUUCUGCUGACUCCAUUGUCCAGAUGAAAUGCUCCUGCGAAUCUACCUCCGCCAACAUUACAAUAAUUGGUGAAGGAAUCCGCUCAUUCUCUGCUGCUGCCAUUGCUGGAACUCCCAAAUUUAAGCCUGAUCCUUCGAGGCUUCGGAUUUACGGGAUUGCUAGUCGUGUGAAGUACCUCAUUGAUACGCCGGAGAACAUCUGGGGUUGCCUUGACGAGUCGAUGUUUUUGGAGGCUGCAAAUAGGUAUCUCAGGGCCAGAGAGGUUCACGAACUGUUGGUGAGCAGCCGUGCCAACAAGGAUUUCCUGUCCAAUUUUCCUCUGCUUCAACACCAGUGGCAGAUUGUUGAGAGCUUCAAGGGUCAGAUUUCGCAAAGGAGUCGAGAAAGGUUGAUGGAUCGGGGGCUUGGCACUGCAUCAUAUGUGGACGCGUUGGCUGCCAUUGCCAUCAUUGAUGACCUGGAUCCCAGGCAUGUUUUGAGGUUGUUCUUGGAUUCAAGGAGGUCGUGGAUAUCUCAGAAACUAGGUACAUGCGGAUCUGGAGCUUGCGAUUCUGGUUCUGUUGUUUUGGUCUUUUGUGAUGUAUUGAGGAUAAUUCAGCUUAGUCUAGGACAAGUAGGAGAAUUGUUUCUACAGGUCUUGAAUGACAUGCCUUUCUUUUACAAAACUAUACUGAGUUCCCCUCCAAGUUCCCAACUGUUUGGGGGAAUCCCCAACCCUGAGGAUGAGGUUAAGUUGUGGAAACAAUUCAGGGAACGAUUAGAGUCUGUUAUGGUUAUGCUUGAUCGGGAAUUCAUUGCUGAAACUUGUUCGAAUUGGUUGAAGAAUUGUGCUGAAGAGAUUGUUAGUAAGAUAAACGGUAGGUAUUUGAUUGAUGUAAUUAAGUGCGGCAAAGAGCUUGCAUUGACUGAGAGGCUAAUCCGAGAGAAUUUGGAUGGCCGGGAAGCAUUGGAGGGGAGUUUAGAAUGGCUGAGGAGUGUUUUUGGUUCUGAGAUAGAGUUGCCUUGGUACAGGGUCCGAGAGCUUCUUUUGGAAAGUGAUGAGGACCUUUGGGAUGGGAUUUUUGAGGAUGCUUUUGUUAAGAGGAUGGAAAGGAUUGUUGACUUGGGCUUUGAGGGUUUGAGCAGAGUUGUCAAUGUGAGUGAUUCUAUAAGGGAGGUUGUGGCAAGUAGUGGAGACCAGAUUGAUUUCCAGGCAUACUUGACCAGACCUUCCACAGGUGAUGGGGUGUGGUUCUCAGAGCCUAAUGUUAAAAAGAUGGGCCUAGGAUCUGGAUUCAAGGUCACAAAGGAAGAGUAUAAUUUGCGGAGUUAUUUAAAUGCCUAUUUUGGACCUGAAGUUAGCCGUAUUAGAGAUACCAUUGACAAUGUAUGCCAGAGUGUUCUGGAAGACCUACUGUGCUUCUUAGAAUCUCCAAAGGCAUCUUCAAGAUUGAAGAAACUAGCACCAUAUCUACAAAAUAAGUGUUAUGAAAGUGUAUUAACCAUACUAAAGAGACUUGAAAAUGAGCUUGAAUACUUAUCUACUGCUCUGGACAAUGACAAAAAGGAGAAAGACAUUGAGCCUCCGGCCAUAGUUGUUGAGAGAUCUCUGUUCAUUGGUCGACUCUUAUUUGCGUUGCAAAAUCACUCAAGUCUGAUACCAUUAAUAUUGGGUUCUCCAAGGUUGUGGAUGAACGAUGCUACAGCUAUGGCAUUUGAAAAGUUACCAUCAAUGCUGAGGCGCACCAGUUUGCCCCUUGAUUCCCCCGGGCGUGAUAGCAGCAGGAGACAAAUUCUUGACAGCCAUGGUAGACAAACUUCAUCGGCUGCUUUGGCCUUGUUUGGGGUGAAUGAUAAAAAUAGUCCACGACUUGAAGAACUCAGCAGGGUUUCACGAGAUCUUUGCAUUAGAGCUCACUGCUUGUGGAUAUCUUGGUUAUCCAAUGAGCUAUCAGUUAUUCUGUCCAGGGAACUUAAAAGAGAUGAUGUAUUAUUGGCAACAACAUCCUUCAGAGGCUGGGAAGAAAUUGUGGUAAAGCAAGAGCAGGCUAGUGAGGGCCAGCCAGAGAUGAAACUUGCACUUCCUUCCAUGCCGUCUCUCUACAUUUCCUCUUUUCUUUUCCAAGCUUGCAAAGAAAUUCAUCGAGUUGGAGGUCAUGUUGUUGACAAAUUUAUACUUCAAAAAUUUUCUUUGAGACUUCUGGAAAAGGUGGUUGAUACGUAUAAGGACUUUCUUUCAACUUUAGAGUCUCACAAACCUCAGGUGUCAGAGAAAGGAGUUAUGCAGAUGUUGUUGGACUUGAAAUUCACUGCUGAUAUUUUAUCUGGGGGUGAUCUCAACAUGAAUGAAGAGUCAUCAAAAGCUUCAAAGUCGAAGGUUCCUUUCAGAGGGAAGGUGGAUGCAAACCAGCCUAACUCCAUUAUGAGAGAACAUGUAAUGGGCUUGAUUAAUCAUCUCUCUCAAAUGCUGGAUCCAAUAGACUGGCUUACGUAUGAGCCAUACCUUUGGGAAAAUGUGAAGCGAUCUUACUUGAGACAUGCUGUUCUUCUUGGGUUCUUUGUGCAACUUAAUCGGGUGUAUUCUGGUACACUGCAGAAGUCUUCCUCUACUGAAAACAUAAUGAGAUGUUCCACAGUUCCACGCUUCAAGUACCUUCCAAUCAGCGCACCAGCACUGUCGUCAAGAGGGACAUCGAAAUCAUCUCUUCCAAUGACCUCAGAUGAUAAUUCUUCCCGAAGCUCUUGGAAGACAAUUACGAAUGAUGAACUCUCUCCAAAGCUUUAUUUUGAUGAUAACUCGUUUGGGGUUGCAGCACCAUUUUUGAAAUCUUUCAUGCAGGUUGGUUCUAGAUUUGGGGAGAGCACUUUUAAACUGAGUUCCAUGCUCUCUGAUGGCCAAGUUGGAAGGCUGAAGGACAGAUCAGCCGCUGCUAUGUCAACAUUUGGAGAUAUUCUUCCUGUUCAAGCUGCUGGCCUUCUAUCUUCCUUUACUACUGGAAGAUCUGACCCUUGAUUGUUAACAUUCAUAUUCUCCUCUUUUUCAUUAGGGAUAUCUCUGUAAUUUUGUGAAGAUGAGACAUGAUGGUGCUCUUCAUUGCCAUUUUGAAAGAGAUCAGAGUAUGCAACUCUCGAUGGAUUUGAAGUUGAUUAGGAAAGGUGUCCCAUCACUUCCAUUUCCAGACCAGAUAGCGUUACAGUGCGGUGAUCGAAAAAGAAAAGGAUAUCAGGCAAGUGAAUGAAAUGUUCCCUUUGCUUCACUGCAUCGAAGAUCUAACAAGUUGGGGGGAGCAUGGAAAUAUGUUUGGAACUCAGUUCCGAGAAGGUAAGAAAAGCAAAUUAAUUGACAAACCGAAACUGAAGCUGAAGCUCUCAUGGACAGAUUGAUAUAUUUUAAAUUAGAUUAGAGCAUCAUUAUCAAAAAGUGGAGUACUAAAAAUAUAUGAAGUUUACUCCAUAACCCUGUAUGUAUCUUGUAUUUUUUCCUUUAAUUUUCAGUUCUUUCA